ACAGAACAUUGCAAAGACUGAGACAUUGAAAUUUGCAAACUAAGAUUAGAUUGUGAAGAGCCAAACCAAACAAACAAGGCAAAAGACAGAGAGAGAGGGAGAGAGAGAUACAAAGUUGCCGUUGCAGUCAUAAAAAUUAGACAGAGAAACUAUGACAGGAGAGCCUUCUCUAUGCAUUAAAGGAUGUGGCUUCUUCAGCACGUCACGGACCAAGAACCUCUGUUCUAAGUGCUACAACGAUUUCUUAAAAGAUGAGUCUAACAGAUACUUAGCUUCUUUGAGCAUUGAAACGGAAACAGCGGCGGUGGUGAAGGAGACUGAAGAGGCGCCGACGGCGGAGGCUGAGGCGGUUGUGAAAGAGAAGAAGAAGAAGAGUUGUAGAUGCAAUGUGUGCAAGAAGAAGGUAGGGUUGCUAGGGUUUCAAUGUAGAUGCGGCCAUGUGUUCUGCGGGUCCCACCGGUACCCGGAGGAGCAUUCUUGUCCAUCGGAUUACAAAUCUGCCGCCAUUAACGACUUGAUCAUCGAAAACCCCAUCAUUAAGGGAGAUAAACUGUAUAAACUUUAA